AUGAAGGUUCACAUUUCGUUAAUGUCGAAAGAGAAACAAGUGUGAUAUCGAUACCUUCUGUACAAGAAGGACCUUUAACUGACUCAUAUACUUAUAAUUCGCCGCUACCUUCAAUAUUGGAAGCGAAUAAGAAUGAGCCUUGUAUUUUAGGUGUAGACGAAGCUGGAAGGGGUCCAGUUCUUGGUCCUAUGGUUUAUGGCGUUUGUUAUUGUCCACUUUCCCAAUACGAUGAAAUUUCUAAAUUGGGUUUUGUUGAUUCAAAAACUCUCAAAGAAGACAUUCGCGAAGCGCACUUUCAAUUAAUUCAAUCUCAUGAAAAUAUUUCAUGGAGUGUGAGAAUAAUCUCGCCACAAGAUAUUUCCUGGAACAUGUUGAAAAAGGAAAAGCAUAAUUUAAAUGCACAGGCAUGCAAUACUACGAUUCACUUGAUAAAUCAAGUAUUAAGCCAAGGAGUUAAUGUGACAGAGAUUUAUAUCGAUACAGUUGGCCCUCCUGAGUCUUACCAAGCCAAACUUUCAAGUUUAUUUCCCGGAAUAAAUAUUACAGUAGCGAAAAAAGCGGAUAGCUUGUAUCCAAUAGUUAGUGCCGCAAGUAUUUGUGCUAAGGUCACACGCGAUCAUAUUCUGAAAAAAUGGAAAUUUGUCGAAAAAAACUUGGAUUUGAAUAAGUCUUUUGGAUCAGGAUAUCCUUCAGAUCCGAAUACUACUGAAUGGCUAAAAAACAACAUUGACCCUGUGUUUGGAUUCCCCCGUAUCAUGCGAUUCAGUUGGGCAACAUGUGAAACUAUAUUGGAGAAAGACGCCGUUUCUGUGACAUGGUCUGAAGAAGCAAUUUCGCAAGGUCCCAUAAAUCGACUCUUUUCAAGAAAUGAAAAGAAACAGGAAGAAUCAACUUCAAGAUUAUUUCAAGAUAUGAAUAUAAAAUAUGUAUCAGAAUUUUAA